AUGAUAGAUAAUCAUCAUCAUCAGCAUCAACUGGAUCCAUUGGCAAAUACAACUGUUACUACUACGACUACUACUAACACCACAUCUACAAACAAUAAAGAUGGCAGUAGUAGUGGUAGUAAUAAUAGUAUUAUGAAGGAUAUUCUAGAGCAACAACAACAAUCACAAAAUAAUAAUAAUAAUAAUAAUAAUAAUAAUUUACUUUCAUCGUUUUCAUCAAAUAAUAAUAAUAAUAUUAGUUUUAAUCAUGACCAAAAUAAUAAUAAUAAUAAUAUCAAUAAUUUACAACAAGGACAAGGACAAGAACAACAACCAGUAGAACAAGAAAAACAUUUAAAUAAUGAAUUAUUAUCACAAUUUUCACAACAAGUUCAAUCUACUCUUGAUCAAAGUAAAGAAUCUUUAAAACUUCAUAAUGCAAACAAGAGUAUGUUUUUUGAAUUUAUUGAAGCAGAGAUUCAAAAGAUGGAUCAAUUGACAGCUGACCUCCAAAGAGAAAGAGAAAUGCUUCAACAAACAUUUUUAAAGUAUUCAAAUAAUAUCAACCAAUCAAUCAAUUAA